CCGAUUUUUGUGGGACUGGGUGUACGGGGGAUGUUCUAAGGGCCAAAACUACUCGUUCGACACCUCCUUCCCCAUCUAAAAAAAACCUUCUUCCCCGUCUUCGUCCAAGCUAGGGUUUCCUCUGCUGACCUCCGUCGUGCUUCCGGCCGCUACUUGCAUCUCUCCGCCCUCCAUUCAUUCCACUCCUCUAGCCUAUGAGGCAUCCAAAAAGAUGUGUAGUCGCCCAGAAGUGCGCACUGGUGUCGUCACCGGUUAUAUGAUUGGGGAAUUUUCACCUGACAGAUUAAUAUGGCGAGCACAGCAUGCUUUGUGAUUGUCAGUAAGAAUGAUAUCCCAAUCUAUGAUGCUGAAGUUGGAUCCGCUCCAAAAAAAGAAGAUCAGGCUUAUCAGCAUCAGUUCAUUUUGCAUGCUGCAUUAGAUGUUGUUCAGGACCUUGCAUGGGCUACAAGUACAAUGUUUCUGAAGUCAGUAGAUAGAUUCAACGAUCUUGUGGUGUCUGUUUAUGUAACUGCUGGUCAUACUAGAUUUAUGUUGCUUCAUGAUUCACGGAGUGAAGAUGGUAUAAAAAGCUUCUUUCAGGAAGUUCACGAACUUUACAUCAAGAUAUUCCUUAAUCCACUCUACUUGCCUGGUUCUCGCAUCACAUCCUCUCAUUUCAAUACCAAGGUCAGGUUUCAAGGAAAUACCUGUAGCAUACACUCAGGUGGAAGACCAUGUAAGCGACCAUUGAAUGACCAGUAGAUCCUGAAAAUGAGCUAGCACUAUGAUGUGCCAAAAUGGUGCUCAACGGAGAGUUUUCUUUGCUUAUUUCUGAGGCAUUUCCCCUGCCAACGUUUCAUUUUUAUGUUUAUCUCCUUACCCCUGUCCUGUGCUGUUGUCUUGAGAUACUCGAGUGUCCUAAGCUGAGCCCUGUUAAAUUUACCUUGCACAUCGAUACUGCACCAUUAUAUCUGUAGCCAUGGCAGUGAAAGGAGAUGGUGCCGCAGUAUCAUCACGAGCUGUAUGAAGCAUGGAACCACGCAGCGGCAUUAAUAUUACAGGACACUGCAACAGACCAGCUGGUAGUGGUACUGUAGCUCCACUAAAAGGACCCCUGCAGAAUCUCCCGAGAAAGGUCUUCGCUCAUCACGAGCUGUAUGAAGCAUGGGACCACGCAGCGGCAUUAAUAUUACAGGACACUGCAACAGACCAGCUGGUAGUGGUACUGUAGCUCCACUAAAAGGACCCCUGCAGAAUCUCCCGAGAAAGGUCUUCGCUCAUCAGAUGAAUUCCAUUAAUAAAUGAAUCUGCAAUUAUCACUUGGGAUUGUACAAGGAAGAGCUGUCACUUGGCUGGAAACCCUCGAAAUGUAGUCACCUUUUUUUCUUUUGGAGAUUUGCCUUUUCGUUUCGUGAA